UCCACCAUCCACCAUCCACCAUCCGCGUAUAACAUAAUACCAAUUAUGACCGAAUCCACGCCCACCAGCACCACCACCAACGGCCAAGCCACAGCAGCAGACGCACUUCCCCACCACAGCAGGGAGUACGCCGAGUACCUGACCGCCCAGGAUCCACUCAAGCACCUCCGCGCCGAGUUCUUCAUCCCCUCCAAGGCGGACCUGGCGCGUGAGACGCUGCCGCGGAAUGACCACACCAUCCCGCCCUCAUCACAUGAUGAAAGCGUCUACCUCUGCGGCAACUCCCUCGGUCUGCAACCGCGUCGCGUCUCGCAGCGGCUCCAGCAAUAUCUCUCUGCCUGGGCCACUCAAGGCGUACAAGGCCACUUCAAAGCCCUUAAGGAUUCCCCCCUCCCAGCAUGGCUGUACGCCGACGACGCGGCGGCAAAGGCGAUGGCGCCCAUUGUCGGUGCGGCGCCGGCGGAGAUCGCGGUGAUGGAGACGUUGACGGCGAAUUUGCAUUUUAUUCUUUCGGCGUUUUAUAGGCCGGAUGUUAAUGGACGGCAUAAGAUUAUUAUUGAGAGCAAGGCUUUCCCCAGCGACCACUUCGCAGUAGAAUCCCAAGUCCGCCACCACAACCUCCCUCCCUCCACCUCGAUGAUAACCAUCGACCCCCCCACCGACACCUCCUUGCUACCCACCUCCCACAUCCUCGCCACGAUCGACGCACACGCCUCCACCACCGCUGUCCUGCUGCUGCCGGGGGUCCAGUUUUACACCGGGCAGUUGCUGGAUAUCAAGACUAUCACUGCUUACGCCCAGGCGAGGGGUAUUUUCGUGGUCUGGGAUCUUGCCCACGCCGUCGGCAACGUGCCACUUCAACUGCAUGAUUGGAAUGUGGAUGCCGCGGCAUGGUGUACGUAUAAGUACUUGAACUCUGGCCCCGGGGCAAUCGGUGGGAUGUUCGUACACGAAAGAAACAGUCGUGUCACCACCACCACCACCACCACCACCUCGAACGGCGCGACCAAUGGCGACAAGAAGAGCGAGGAUAAGGAAUUCCACCCCCGCCUCGCAGGCUGGUGGGGCAGCGACAAAAAAACCCGCUUCGCAAUGUCCAACGACUUCUCCCCCAUCCCCGGCGCCGGGGGCUUCCAAGUCUCGAACCCCAGCACCAACGACCUGACGACCGUCUGCGCGUCUCUCGAAGUCUUCAACCUCACCACUAUCGCUGAGCUACGCGAGAAGAGUUUGGGACUUACUGCGUACCUUGAGGAGCGGCUGCUGGCGCUGCAGAAGAGAUCGGGGGGGUUUAAGAUUAUUACGCCCAGUAGCCCGGAGGAGAGGGGUGCGCAGUUGAGUGUGCAGCUUGAAGAAGGGUUCUUGGAAGGGGUGAUGGAGGAGUUGAUCAAGGGAGGAGUGAUUGUGGAUGAGAGGAUGCCGGAUGUGAUUCGGGUUGCGCCGGCGCCGAUUUAUAAUAAUGCGGUGGAUGUGUGGAUAUUUAUGGAUGUUUUUGAGAAGGUUGUGACGAAUUGAUGGAAUGGGGGGGUUAUGAGAUUAAGACGUUGCUGUGAGAGCUUGUGUGCGUAGCUAACAUACUUGAAAACUGAGCGUAGAUUUUAGGGAG